UUCCUUCAGGUCUCAUCUGUUAUAGUCCCAUGAGUAUCAGCAUUUUGGAAAUUAAAAAAAGACAGAGUGGAAAGAACCAAUCAGAGAAUUCAAUGGGGGAAGAACCAGAACCACAGAAGGUAGAUGACGAAGAGGAAAAGUAUGAAUUUGAUAUGGUAGAUCAGGAAUUGGAUGAUCUUGAUAAAUAUCUUGUUCCAGGCACAGAGACUGUUUAUUAUAUCCCAAAUUAUGUCACACAGAACGACCAUGACAUUAUUUUAAAGGCUUUGAAGGAAAAACCUGGGUGGAAGGAGUUGCCAAGAAGAAUUGUUAAGAAAUUUGGAGGUGAUGUUACAUCUGAAGGGCUUGCCAACAAAGAAGAGCUUCCAGACUAUCUUCAACCUCUUGCCCAAAGAAUUUAUGAUGAUUUCAUCAUUUCUUCAAUGCCAAAUCAUAUGCUAGUGAAUGGAUACAGUCCAACAGAUGGAAUAAUGCCUCAUACUGAUGGUCCAGCAUAUCACCCAGAAGUCGCUUGUUUGAACCUUGGCGCGAAUAGUUUACUUUCGUUCUGGAAGAAUCAAGAUGAUGUCAGAGAAUCAAAAUAUCUUGCCAGAGUAUAUUGUGAGCCAAGAUCUCUCGUAAUAUUCACCGACAAAUACUAUUCCGACUACCUCCAUGGCAUAGAAUAUGUUCAUUCUGACAAAAUGAGUACCACUCCUGAAGACAGAGAAUCCUACAUUGACAACUGGAAGAGCCUAGAUACUCCUAUUGGCGAAGGAGUAAUCGAGAAGGAUAGACAAGAUGUGAGGUACUCCAUCACGGUUAGACAUGUGUUUGAGAAAAGUUUAGAGUAAAUAUUCGGAAA